AUGGCGCGCAACCGCAAAUCCAACCGCCGCUCGACCAACUACAGGCCAGAGCCGGACUCUGGCAGCGGCUCACGCAAGGCCAGGGACGACUCCCACCGUCGAGCCGGAGCAGACCGCGUCGGCGACAGGAAGAGCCGAUCUACCCGUCACUCAAACAGUGAAACCCGCCCGCGCAAGCAUCGAAAGCACCGCCGUCACGAAGUUGUGACAGACACUGACGGUGACUACCUGAUGGACAAGACGCAGCCCAGCCCCAAAAAUGACACGCACCAAGGCCAGCCAGGUACCCGACAGGACACCGCUAGCUCGAGCAGCAAGAAACGCCACCCGGCGGAGCGACCCCAACGGCUGCCAGACCACAGCCGCGAGAAACCGCCCGAGCGCCGCGAGGCAAAGAAAGACUACCACUUCCGCCGACAGCUUCUGGCCCUCCUCGAACAGCAACGCCGGGUUGUGGAGGCCUGGGCAGACAGCCUCGGCGCAGGCGGCCCCGCGGAGCCGAUGGAGUGGCAGCCGGAGCAGGAGCGGGUCGUGUACUUUGCACGAGUGCCCGUGGAGGACGACUGCUAUGCGGACCGGUGGAGAAUCGGCGGAACGAGAGAGGCGUACCCGACGUUGGGGUCGUGUGCCAGUGAACGGUGGCUCGAUGGGUCACUGAUGGGUGGAGCGCCGGCGGCAGCGGCUGAAUCGGGUUUGGCCCAGGAAAUCGAGUAA